AUGAUCCGUAACUCACAACUGGAAGGGUUCGACAUACCAAGAACAAAUGCGAAUCUGAAAGCGAGAUUAUUCGCGGAUGAUACGACAACCUUCUUAGCAGAGGGAGAUGACUUCGCGAUACUGCAGGUGAUCCUAGAUACGUGGUGCAGAGCUGCGAAAGCGAAAUUCAAUAUCUCCAAAACAGAAAUCAUCCCAAUAGGAACAAAAGAGUUCCGCAAGACAGUGAUCGAGACAUACCAAGUACACGGAACGUGGAACAACUGCCCUCGAAACGUGCACGUAGCAGACGAGGGCGAACCAGUACGUAUCCUGGGAGGUUUCUUUGGGAACGGCCUUGAACAAGGUACAAUUUGGUCCCCCAAACUCGCAAAACUCGAAGAAUCCCUCCAAAGAUGGCGCAUGGUUAAUCCGACGCUAGAGGGGCGGAAACACGUCCUGCAAAUGAUGGCUGGAGGCAUGACGCAAUACCUAACAGACGUUCAACGGAUGCCGAAAGACGUAACAAAGCGACUCAUACGCAUUAUCCGCAACUUUCUGUGGAACGACAGAGUUCACUGCCCGACUCGUCCGAAACUCGCCCGCUCUGGGCCUUCCUCGCUGAACACCUACUUGCCAUAA